AUGGCCUGGUCGUUCGUAGGUUUGCAUGUGUGGCUCGCAUGGUUCGCCGGUGCGUUCGUUGCGCGUGCAGCCAGCUCGGCUCCCCAGAUUCCUUCAACCGCGAACUUCAUUCCUGGACAGGGCUCUUUCGAGUUACUCCCUGAUGUGCAGAUUAUCGUGGACAGCGCACACGCUCUGGAAGGCUCACCUUCUGCCCUCGCCUUUGCACAGACUUUCCGAGAGGACCUGCUCAGCGUGGCUCACUACGCUUGGGUUCCUCCUGUGACGGUCCUACCGGUUGGCGUAGGAAUACCUGGCAUCCCAGUCAUCCACAUCACCAUUGACGCAACCCUGGGGCACACGUUAUACAAUGGGCAGCCGACGCUCGAAGGCUAUGACUUUGAAGUUGCACCGUACACGUACAGCAUCAAGGCGGCUGCACCCAUCGGUGCUUGGUGGGGUAUGGUCACUUUGUUGCAGCAGGUCGCGUCGUCUGUUGCCAGCGGUGCGAAGAGCAUCACCAUUCCAGCCGGGGUGGGUACGGACUCGCCUGGCUGGGAGGUCAGAGGCUUCAUGCUAGAUGCCGGAAGGCACUGGUUCGACACCGGGUUCCUGUCCGAGCUCUGCAUAUAUGCGUCGUUUUUCAAGCUCAACGAGUUUCACCUCCACGCGUCCGACAACCUGUGGAACCCGGACUACCUGUACAACGGAGGAGAUGCCUGGAAGGAGCUCUAUGCAGCCUUCCGCUUCCAACCGCCCGUGGGGUCCCCCAUCGCCGGCCUCGUACCCCGGCUAAACGAGAGUUGGCCCCAAACCGAUUUCGCCGCCUUCCAAGAAACCUGCGCCAACCAUGGAGUGACCGUCAUCCCCGAGAUAGACACGCCUGGGCACUCCCUAGCCAUCACACAAUGGAAGCCCGAGCUAAUGCUCAGCGGACAGCCCGACCUGCUGAACCUCUCCUACCCAGACACGAUCCCGACGAUCCAGUCCAUCUGGCACGAGUUCCUCCCAUGGUUCAGCUCGCCCGAGGUGUCGAUCGGCGCGGACGAGUACGAUGCCGCGCUCGGGGACGCGUACGUCGGCUUCGUGAACGAGAUGGCCGCGUUCGUGCAAGCGGAGGCGGGCAAGCGCAUCCGCAUCUGGGGCACGGACGAGCCGAGCAACCAGACCAUCUCCACGGACGUCACCAUCCAGCACUGGGACUUCCCCGACGCGGACAUCCCCGUGCGCCUCCUGGAGGCGGGCUACCAGGUCAUCAACUCGGAACAGGCUUUCUUGUACCUCGACGGGAAGUACUCCGACGGGGGCGUCUACCCGUACUCGCUCAACCUCGACCUGAUGUUCGCGGGCGCGCCUGACGGCGGUGGGUGGGCGCCGAACAUCUUCAGCGCGACGGACGAGAGCAAUAACACACGCGCCGACGCGCCAGGCCUGCGCGGCGCGAUCAUGGCGCUCUGGAACGACUGGGGGAACAACGCGACGACAAUGCUGGAGGACUAUUACCAGCUCGCGCAGAGCUUGGCUGUCGUCGGCGAGAAGACGUGGGCGGGCUCGGGCGUACGCGAGACGGAGCUCACCCGCGCGCAGUUCGAGAGCGUGUACCCAGUCAUGAACGCGGCGGCCCCAGGGCAGAAUCUCAACCGGGCCGUCCAGGCGGAGCAUGGGGAUGUCGUGUACUCGUAUCCAGCGCCAUGGACCACGCUCUUCACGCCGUACGCGUCCAUGGGUCCGCCGUAUACGCUGAAGUUCAGCGUGAAGCCGAGCUCAGUUGCUCCGGACACGGGCUUCCUCUUCGCCGGGGAAGAUUCCAAGUUGUACAUCGCGAACCUCACCUUCGAAGCGACGGGCCAGCUCUUCCCGUUAGGCUACGUGCUCCCAACGGACGUCUACACGUCCGUCGAGAUUCACGCCACGACGCAGUAUACCUAUGCUGUCAUCAAUGGGGACGAGGACAACCUGCGGUACUGGACCACGGAUAUGGACAUUUGGGCGGAGUAUAUGGAGCGAGCGAAUAUGUCGUUCGCAGCGCCGGCGCAGCAGAUAGGGGGAAACGGCUUUGCGGGCAGCAUCAGAGACGUGCUGUUGACAGUGGGCUAG